AUGGCGGCAGCGGUGGAAAAACCAAGCUUAGACAAAAUGUCGUCGAGCAUGACUUCCAGUAUCACUGGGAUGGGCCUCGGUGGAAUAACUGGACUCGCUACAACACUGAGUACGCUGAGCUGUCAUUGUGAGCAGCAAAUAACUAUAGGUGGAAUGCCAACAAACUACGUACCUGGAUUAUCCGCUAAUUAUAAUAUAUCCAGUUUCUGCCAACGUCCUGGACAAACACGACGCUGGCCUAUGCAAAGACCGGGGCCGCCUGCACAAUCUCGGCCUGGAUUGAAACAUGCGCCAAGAAAUAUUCCUAAUAAUCAGUACACUCACAAUUUAAUCUGUAAAUUAGCUGAUCAGAACGAACGUCGCCGCCGUCAAGAUGUAAUGGAGUUGAUAUCGCAGAGCUACUAUUCGCAGCAGCCACUUAAAGUCGAACUGACAGAGUUUUAUUCUCGGGACAAUUCAAAAGAACAUCACACAGAACAGUACGAUUUAGUAAAUGACAACUUAUUUCCGAAUCCUGUCCUUAGGAGGGGACAAAAAUUUCUGUUCGCUGUACGUUUUGACAGGAUAUCGGACAAGCAACUGGACGUAAUCCAUAUUAUAUUUUGCUGUGGUCCCAAGCCGUGUGUAACUAAAGGAACAAGAAUAGUUUUACCUGUGCAAUGGACCCCUCAACCAAAUAUAUUUCAUCAUCCACGUGACGUCAUAGGAUCAGGUAUUGGUCUGAGUGUAGGGCUGCCGCGAAUGCAAGAUGCGAGCACAAUUACAACAACAGCCGUAGGGACUACAGCAUCAAUGAGUCCCGUUAGCAGUAUUAGAGAGACCAAUAGCUAUACAGUUCGUAGAAGUUCUUUUGGUAACGACCCAGUUCCACCAGCACAACCUAGUCCGCUUAGUCCCCAUGGAACCAUUGAAAGGCCAGUAGUUGAUCGAUUUAGUGCUGCUCCCCAGCAACCUACUUAUGGACGUAGCUGUUGCUCUCAACAAGGAUCUGUUCAAAAUUUAACUCCUUCCAUACCUGAAUCUGAAAAGUGGGAUAUUAACAUUCACAGGCAGGAUGGAAACACGAUUACAUUUCAAGUAAGCAUUCCACCGACUGCCCCAGUUGGCUUAUGGAAUUGUUGGGUGCAGACAAGUCGUUUAGGACAGCGAGACAAUCGUCAUGAUUACAAAUGUGAUGAAGACAUUUACAUAAUAUUUAACCCGUGGUGUCGGGACGAUACUGUUUACAUGGAAAACGAAGAAUCGAGAAAGGAAUAUGUUUUAAAUGACCAGGGAAAACUGUGGUGCGGCACUUGGCAUCAGCCGAUAGGCCGUAAAUGGAUAUUCGGACAGUUUGAUGAUGUAGUGUUACCAGCUUCUGUAUAUUUAUUAGAACGCAGCGGUCUGGAACAUUCAGAGCGCGGGAACCCAAUUCGAAUUUGCCGAGCUAUUUCUUCAAUGAUCAACGCCAAUAGCGACGAUGAUGGGCUUAUGGUGGGGCGAUACGAUGGUGAAUACAAGGACGGCGUUGCUCCUCAUGCUUGGACUGGUUCUGUCGCUAUACUUGAGCGUUUCCUCACUGAUGGUGGACAAUCUGUUUCUUAUGGUCAAUGUUGGGUAUUUUCAGGAUUAGUCGUUACAAUUUGUAGAGCUCUAGGUAUUCCAUGUCGUUCCGUAACAAAUUACGUAUCAGCCCAAGAUACUAAUGGGACCUUAACAAUAGAUAAGUUCUUUGAUAAAGAAGGUAAUGUAGUACCCAAUGGACCUGCUGAGGAUUGCUACGACUCCUGUUGGAACUUUCAUGCCUGGAACGAUGUUUGGAUGCAGAGACCUGAUCUCCCACAAGGGUAUGGUGGUUGGCAAGUAAUCGACGCGACACCACAGAAAGAGGCAGAUUCAGUUUACCGAUGUGGACCAGCCAGCCUCGAAGCGGUUAGGCGUGGGGAAGUUGGAUUUAAUUAUGAUACAGCAUUCGUUUAUUCCGAACUGAAUUCAGAGCUUUGCCAUUUUCAAGAAGAAGAUGAUUCCGAUUGGGGUUUUAUUAAAAUGGCUUCAAAUCAGCACCAGGUUGGACGCAAGCUAGUUACAAAAAACCCGGCUGUGGAAGACGAAGAAGGUGAUAGCGAUUUAAUGGAAAUAACACAAGAAUACAAACCGUCCAAUGGCUCCGCAACUGAUCGACUCUCCGUGAUCGCCUCCAGCCGUGGAUUUCAGCGCUUCCAACAAAGUCACGAUUCAUCCAAUCAAAAUCAAGAUGAUGUUGCCUUUGACUUAAUGGAUAUAGAAAUAGUGCCAUACGGCCAACCUUUUGAUUGUUGCAUGAAUAUUCAGAAUAAAUCGGACGAAGAUCGUACGAUACUGUGCAUACUAACUGCGUCUUCAUGCUAUUAUACUGGUUCGAUUGCAUCACGGUUAAGGAGAGCUCAAGGGGAAUUCAUUGUACGUGCAGGACAGCGGGAAGUACUGAAACUUCGUGUAACACCACUGGAAUAUAUGGAUAAACUAGUCGACCACUCAAUGAUCAAAGUUCACGCUAUGGCUUACGUUAAGCAAACCCGCCAAGCGUGGUCUGAAGAAGAUGAUUUUCCGUUGCACAAACCAAAGCUUCAAAUACAGGCAAGGCAACUUAGUCUGGGACAGGAGAGCACUUUAGUGUUUAGCUUUCAGAACCCCUUGGCUGUCCACUUAACUGAUUGCUAUUUCACAUUUGAAGGCCCAGGGAUACAACGACCACGCCAGGCUCGUUUCCGCGAUGUUAAGCCGGGAGAACUCGUCACGUACCAGGACAAGGUUCUGCCAAAACGAGAGGGAGCUAUACACGUCGUAGCCACCUUCUCUUCGAGACAGAUCGACGAGAUCUUCGGUAGCGCUAUCGUGAAUGUGAAGGGCUAG